UCUUGCCAUUGUUACUGUAAUUUGUUUGUAGAGCAGCACAUGCCCACAGCUGCUGCAAUGCUUUCUUCCUUGAUAUUUCAGUGAUAAUUUCCCUUAACACAGUAUUAACCCAUCAAUAGCCAGCAUUUUAACAACCAGUUGUGGAGUCUUGGGUAUCGGUAAAUGGUAAUUAGGGUUUGAAUUUGAAUUUGGGAGAAUUUUCAAGGACAGUUGGGCGGACCAUGAUUUGGGUGGGAAGCAGAGAUUCUUUUUGUUGUUGUUGAGCAUCCCAUUAUUUUUAACAUUUUGCACAAAUGGGAAUCUAAAAUCUUAAAUAAAAUAUAGAGUUGCGUGGUGGAUCCCAAUUCCCAAAAUCUAUUUUAGUAAUCCGAAAGAAACAAGUCGGAAAUAUAACCAACAUGGGGUCGCGUACUGAAUCAGAGAACGAGAGAGAGAUCUGGAAAGCAAUGGAGGUAGCAGAGGGAGCUAGAGGAGAUAACUCGAGCUCUCAUGUUCUUCAAUCUUCAUCCCUCACCCUCGAUACGUCCCUUUCCCUACCUGAUUUGACUCCGCCUCUCAUAGAGCUGUGCAAGGAUUUGUUUAAGAAAUGGUCAAGAUUGGAUGAUUCUUCCUUCUCUGUUGAGACGGUUUCCGGUGGCAUAACAAAUCUCUUGCUGAAGGUAUCUGUGAAGGAAGAAGAUGGAAAUGAGGUGCCUGUAACUGUCAGAUUAUAUGGUCCCAACACUGAUUAUGUUAUCAAUCGAGAACGCGAGCUUCAGGCCAUCAAAUACCUCUCGGCUGCAGGAUUUGGUGCCAAGUUGCUUGGAGUAUUUCAAAAUGGCAUGGUCCAAUCUUUUAUAAAUGCACGAACACUGAUUCCGCAAGACAUGAGAGAGCCGAAGCUGGCUGCUGAAAUUGCCAAGCAACUCCGUAAAUUCCAUCGGGUGGAUAUUCCAGGCUCUAAAGAACCUCAGUUGUGGAAUGACAUCUUCAAGUUCUAUGAAAAUGCAUCCAUUCUUCACUUUGAUGAUAUUGAGAAGCGAAAAAAAUAUGAGACCAUUUUGUUCAAGGAAGUUUACAAUGAAGUUGUUGAAAUCAAGGAAUUGACAGAUCUUCUCAAUGCUCCAGUGGUUUUCGCUCAUAAUGACUUGCUUUCAGGGAAUCUGAUGCUUAAUGACGAUGAAGAGAAACUCUACAUCAUUGAUUUCGAGUAUGGAUCAUACAGUUACAGAGGUUAUGACAUUGGAAAUCACUUCAAUGAAUAUGCAGGCUAUGAUUGUGACUACAGCUUAUACCCAAGUAAGGAUGAGCAAUAUCAUUUCUUCAGGCAUUAUUUACAACCUGAUAAACCGCAUGAGGUAUCGGACAAAGACAUUGAAGCUCUAUACGUGGAGUCAAACACUUACAUGUUAGUUUCACACUUAUUUUGGGCUUUAUGGGCACUAAUCCAGGCCAAGAUGUCUCCGAUAGAUUUUGAUUAUCUGGGUUAUUUCUUCCUGCGAUACGAUGAAUUCAAAAGGCGGAAGGAAAAAGCUUGUUCAUUGGCACGAUCUUACCUCUCAGGACAAGAGAGUCGGUAGUUUCUAUUUUUCCCUCCUAUGCAUUGCAAGCACUCUUCAUAUGGAUUCAUAGGCAAACAUUCUUGUAUUUUUUUUUUCCUUAGCCAUUUGAAAGAAAAGUUGAAAAACGAGUAUAUGCGAAUAAUUGAGAGGUAGGAUGGAUUCCUCAGUUCCAUUUGUUGUAGUUCUUAGUCUUAGUGCAUUUCUUCAAUAACAACCUUGCUGUCUUUUGCCUAAGAUACAUUAGUUUAGGGUAUCAAUGAAAUAUCAGUUGGUUGAAAUA